AUGUACAAAAACAUAGUUUUUCUAACCCUAGCUUUUCUAAAUUUUCUUGAGGCCGCCUAUAAUUUCGAUACCCCGAUAGUUCUCAACGGAACUCUUAAUUCGAAUAUCGAACGGAAAUGUCCCAGCGGUUGGGCGUCGUUUCAAAGACAAAAAGGUUUGUAUGGGAAAAAUCUCGUGAAACGUAAAAUUUUCAGGUUGUGAGCAAAAUUUUCAAUUUUUUUGUGAAACAGUAAAUUUUUUGUAUCGAAAAAUUAGAAAAAAUCGAGAUUUUUCAGAAUUGACUAGAAUUUUCUGCAUUUUUUGAAACAGUGAAUUUCUAAAUACGAUUUUCCGGAAAUUUGAGAUUUUUUAAAUAGCUAAUUUUUUGUAAACAAAUUUUUCAAAAAUAUUCUUAAAAUUCAAAUUUUUUGUGAAACAGUGAAUUUUUUGCAUAGAAAAAUUAGAAUAAAUUGAGAUUUUUCAGUUUUGACUAGAAUUUUCUGUAUUUUUUGAAACAGUGAAUUUUUCGCAAUUAAAAAAAACCAGAAACAUUGGAUUUUUUGAGCUUUGACUAGAAUUUUGGGCAUUUUUUGAAACAUUGAACUUUCUUUGAGAAAAAAAUUCGAUUUUCUGUAGUUUUCAGAUUUUUGUGAAAUUCUUGAAACAGUAAAUUUUCCAAUGAAAAAAUUGAGAUUUUUCAAUUUCUCAAAAUUUUGGAUAAUUUCAGAAAAUUUUGGAUUUUUCAGUUUUGACUAGAAUUUUCUGCAUUUUUUGAAACAGUGAAUUUUUUUUGUAAUUAAAAAAUUCGAUUUUUCUGGAAUUUAAAGAUUUUUUGGAAUAGCAAACUUUUCGUUAGCAAAUUUUUCAAACAUUCCUAAAAUUUAAAUUUUUUGUGAAACAGUGAAUUUUUUGUAUCGAAAAAUUAGAAAAAAAUUGAAAUUUUUCAGUGUUGACUAGAAUUUUCUGCAUUUUUUGAAACAGUGAACUUCAUUAGAGAAAAAAUUCGAUUUUCUGUAGUUUUUAGAAUUUUAUGGAAUUCUUGAAACAGUAAAUUUUCCAAUGAAAAAUUGAGAUUUUUCAAUUUCUAAAAAUUUUGGAUAAUUUCAGAAACAUUGAAUUUUUCAGUUUUGACCAGAAUUUUCUGCACUUUUUGAAACAUUGAAUUUUUUGUAAUGAAACAAAUUGGAUUUCUCUACAAAAUCUGUUUUUUUCUCCGUAAAAUCCCGUGAAACAUAAAAUCCUUAGGUCUCUAUUGCAUCAAAGUGUUCUACCCUCCACCAUAUUGGUAUACUCAACCACAAGCACAAGCAAUGUGUAAUGAGAUCGGAGCAAGGUUGGCUGGAAUUGAGACACCGGCUGAGAGAAAUUAUAUCGAGAGGACGGCUGUGACUUAUAUGACAAAUAUGAGUUUGACGGAGACGAGGAUUUGGAUUGGUGGAGUGAGGACAGUGAAUUGUUUGCUACCGAAUACUGCGCAGAAAUGCUCGGAUGUGAGUUUCAAGGGGUGGCUCCUUGCCAGUGGGGGUCUCUAGAGGUGGCCCCUAGACAAUGAGGUGCUCUAGGAAAGGUUACUUAAGACCUAGGAUCUCUAGGCGCUAAUCCUUGACAAUUGAAUUUUCUAGACACGGCUCUUUGACAACUACCAUUUCUAGUCUCGGCUCCUUGCCAGAGGGGUUCUCUAGAGGUCGCCCCUUGACAAUUAGGAUCUCUAGAAUCGGCUGCUUAAGAACUAGGCUGCCAAGGCACGACUCCAUGCCAGAGGGAAUCUCUAGCUGUCACCUCAAGACAAUUAGCUGCUCUAGGAUCGGCUACUUGAGAACUAGGCUCUCAAGGCACUGAUCCUUGACGACUGUCACGUCUAGUCUCCGCUACUUGAGAUACUUGAGCACUCAAGGCGUGGCUCUAUGACAAUGAGGUGCUCUAAGUGCGGCUACUAGAAACCUGGGCUCUCAAGGCGCCGACCCUUGUCAGAGGAAAUCUCCCAAGGCGCCGACCCUUGACAGAGGGGAUCUCUAGCGGUCGCCCCUAGACACAUAGGCUCUCAAGGCGCCGUCCCUUGACAACUGUCACUUCUAGUCACGGCUACUUAGCAUAUGUGAUCUCAAGCCGCGCUUCCUUGCCAGAGGGGUUCUCUAGAGGUCGCUCCUAGACAAUUAGGUGCUCUAGGUGUGGCUACUUGAGAACUAGGCUCUCUAGGCUCCGCUACUUCACAACUAGCAUUCCUAGACCCGCCUCCUUGGAAUAGAAGCUCUCAAGGCGCUGACCCUUGCCAGAGGGAACCUCUAGAGAUCGCCCCUAGAGACCUAGGCUCUCAAGGCGCCUAUCCUUGACAAAACUAUAAUUUGCAGCCGAGAUACGCAUUCACCUGGUCUGACGGCAAUGUGGUUGGUGAUCACGAGUUCAUCUGGGGUGCUAAUCAACCGGCGAAUCAAAAGUAGGUUACCGCAAGCUUCCGCGUAGCGGCGGAAUCUUCCGCGAAGCGGCACAAUCUUCCGCGAAGCGGCGAGGAUAGCCUAGUGGCAGUGUUAGCUGCUAGCAAUCUCAAGGUCAAGGGUUCGCAUCCCGGUGCGCGCUAUUCGAGCGAAGCGAGUGUAGACCGCAAGCUUCCGCGAAGCGGUGAGGAUGGCGCAGUGGUAGUGCUGGCUACUACCAAUCUCAAAGUCACAGGUUCGAAUCCCGGUGCGCGCUAUUCGAGCGGAGCGAGUGUAGACCGCAAGCUUCCGCGUAGCGGCGGAAUCUUCCGCGAAGCGGUCAUGUUAAGCUAAACCCUAAAUCCCGAGCGCUCUGCGCGAGUGUAGACCGCAAGCUUCCGCGAAGCGGCGAGGAUGGCUAGCUACUACCAAUCUCAAGGUCACGAGUUCGAACCCCGCUACCCGCUACACUCAAUUUUUCGCUGUUUCAGCGGUCAAGAAUGUGUUCAAAUGUCAGUUUCAAUAUUCCCGACAACUAGCGAUCAAGUGACUGGAUACGGUCGUAUUUCGACAUUGGAUGAUGUGAGUUGUGAUGGAAAUAAAGAGUUAUGGGAGCUGGUUAGAUAUGCUCAAAUUGCGUGUGGACAACGCGCUCCAAUUGUUGCUUUUGAUACUUAUUGA